AUGCAUUUCAGCGCCCUCCUCGUCAAGACGCUGCUGGCCGGUGGCGCCAUUGCCGCCCCUUCGAUGCACAGGCGCCAGCUGCAGACGAUCCAGGGUGCCAUCACCACGGUGCAGUCGGCACUUGAUGAUCUCACCACGGCCGUUCAGGGCCUCUCCGGAGCUGACGCCAACUCGGCGGCGCCCAUCCUGACGGCGUCAGAGAAGGUCAAGACGGCCAUCGGAACGGCGACGACGCAGGUGCAAGGUGCCCAAGCUCUCAGCCUCAUGGAGGCUCUUGGGCUGCAAGACACGGCAUCGGGCCUCGUGACAUCCGUUCAGGGUGUGACCACGGCUCUGACGAGCAAGAAGGCAGACCUUGAUCAGCUCGGUCCUCCCGCUCGUCCUGCCCAGCCUGCUCAGCCCGUGUCUCCGGCCUGCCCCGCCCCGGCUCCCGUUCCAGCCCCCGGUAACGGCAACAACGCUGGCAACGGCACAGGCAACGGCACUGGCAACGGCACCGGCGCGGGUGCCGGAACUGGCCGUGGCAACGCAGGCAACGCAGGAAACGCCGCCACGCCCCCCGGUGCUCCCACUCCAAUCCUCGAGCCCAGGCCUAAUGCGGGUCCCGGCGCUGGAGCUGGAGCUGGUGCUGGCCGCGGAGCUGGCGCGACCAACGGCACGGCGACGAACAACGGAGGCAGGGCCAAGCGUGAUCUAUCCGUUCACGCGAGGGCCAUGCCCAUUGCGCUCGCUCUGGAGGCUUGA